AUGUCAACACCCUCUGACAGUAUCCAAAAGACAUCGUCUAAUGGAACAACAUCAUCAUCAACAACUAAUCCACUUCAAGGAUCUAAAUUUGAUUUAGAUUCAAUUAAAGAUAUUAUUGAAGAGAAAAAGAUUGCUUAUUUGAAAGGGGUAACCAAUACUGAUGUAGAUUGGUUUUUAAGAGAUUCUUCAAUUUCAACUUCAAGUCCUAAAUUAUUAUCUAAUAAUAGUAGUCAAGUUGAAUUAGAUAAAUCAAAGAGUAAUGAGACAUUUGUUUCUACUAAAAAAUUAUCAUCAAAUUCAUCAAUAUCUCCUGUAAGUUCUCAUUUAACAGCUGGAAUUUCUAAUACAAAUGAUAAUAAUUGUAAUAAAACAAAACCAUCUAUAGCAACUAUUCAUGAAGAAAAUGUAGCAUCAUCACCUACAGGAUCUCCUCAAGUAGUACGGAAACCUAAACUUAGUGUUUCAAGUGUUUCUAAUGUAUCAUCAUCAUCUAAUCCAAUUUCUUCAUCUCCUACUGGUAGUAGUAGUAGUGGAUUAUUUUCAAAAUUAAAGGGUAAAUUUCAUUCUCAUACUCCUAAUUCUCCUCCAUUAACAAGUUCAUCACCAGUUAAUAAUGCCAGUAAUCCAGUAUUUAAAUCAAAUUAUUCUAUGAAUACUAAAAAGCCUUCUAUACCUCCUCAAACUCAAGUACCUCGUUCACCUCCAAUUGAUGAUUUACAACAUAUUAAAAAUAAUAAUAAUAAUAAUAAUAAUAAUAAUACAAGUAAUAUUGAUAAUUAUAAAUUAACUAGAACAACAUCUAGUCCAGUCAAUGAUAGUGAUCCAAGAUUAGAAGAAUAUAUAAAAUUUUAUCAACAAAAGGAUAUACGAAGAAGUUCAGUUUCUUCAAGAAGAUCUUCAACUGUAUCUACUGGAUCAGCAGUAUCUCAUAAUAGUUCAAUAAGUCAUCCAACUGUAUCUCCAUUACCUAGUGUUUUAAUAAAUUAUGAUGAUGUUCAAACUCCUAUUGCAUCUAAACUUGAACCAUUAGAAACAACUAUAAGUACAGUAUCUUCUCCACCUCCUGCUUCAUCACUUGAAAUGGAUCCAAAUUUUAAAGAUUUAAAACCUCUUAAAAGAGUUGCUUUCCAUUCAUCGACAUUUUUAAUUGAUCCUCCUCAACAAAUUCCAUCGAGAAAUCCUAGAAAGGGUAAUGUAGAAGUUUUACCUAAUGGUACUGUUAAGAUAAAUCCUCUUACAGAAGAAGAUAGAAUUGCCAUGGAAAAAUCUCAAUUAGGUCAAGGUGGAGGUAUUGUUGUUGGAGGCACAGGUGCCUUAGGAUUAAUUAAACCCAUAGAUAAAGUAUCAUCAAAUGAUAAUGAUAAUAAGGGAAAAGAUAAAGUUAAAGAUAAAGAUGAAAAUGAGGAUGAUGAAGAAGAUGAAGAGGUUGUAAUAGAUACAAGAGAUAGUAAUGGAGAAGAAGAUACAGCCGUUGAUAAACAUGCUAAACUGUUAGGUAUUGAUAAACCAAUGAUACCUCAUACCAGACGUUCAUAUGUAGUACCUGUUAAAAAGAUGGCCUUAGAUUUAAUGUAUACAAGAUGUUGUCAUCUUCGAGAAAUUUUACCAAUUCCAGCUAUUUUAAAACAAAUUCCUAAAGGAUCAAUGGCUCCACUUCCAGUUAUUCAAUUAAGAAAUCCUACUCCAACAAAUGUUGAAAUUCAAACUUUUGCAGAUUUUAUUAGAAUUGCUCCAAUUAUUUGUGUAUCAUUAGAUGGAGUAAGUUUAUCAAUUGAACAAUUAAAAAUUUUAUUAUCAUCUAUGAGUGCUAAGAAACAAUUAGAAAAAUUAAGUUUAAGAAAUACUCCAAUAGAUAGUGAAGGUUGGGCAUUAUUAUGUUGGUUUUUAUCAAGAAAUACUGUAUUAAAUAGAUUAGAUAUAACUCAAUGUCCUGCCCUUUCAGUUAAUGUAUUAAAGAAACGGAAAAAGAAAGUUGAAAAUAAGAAAUAUGAAGAAGAAAUUAAAAGAAUGACAUGUAAUCGAGAUAAUAGAUCUGAUAUGGAUUGGUCAUUAUUUGUUGCUACUUUAGUAGCCAGAGGAGGAAUUGAAGAAUUAAUUUUAACCGGAUGUUGUAUAACUGAUUUAGAAGUUUUUGAAAAAUUAAUGAAAUUAGCAGUACUGAAAAAUACUAAUCGAUUAGGAUUAGCUUAUAAUCAAUUAACUGCUAAACAUUUUAAAAUCAUUGUAAAUAAUUGGUUAUUUCAAGAUUUUGCUAGAGGUAUUGAUUUAGGUUAUAAUGAUUUCCUGUCACCUCUGAUUCAAAGAAUCUUUUUAGAUUAUAAAAGGAAUACUAAAAAUUUUGAUGAAAUUGUUUCUAAAUCUUCUUUAGGAUUUUUAAGUUUAAAUUCUACUAAUAUUCCAUUUACUGAACAAUUUAAAGAAGUAUUUGAAUCAAUUCUUAUGAAAUUACCUAAUUUAAAAUAUCUUGAUUUUAGUAAUAAUCAAAGAUUAUUUGGUACAUUAUCUAAACAAAAUCAGUUAGAAGGAUCAGAUUCUUUAGAUUCAGAUCAUAAUUCAACUUUAAAUUCAAAUUCAAAUUCAAAUCCAGAUUCUCCUAUUGAUAGUCCAAGUCCAAUUAAAGAUUUAAAAUUAAGUGAAGACGCUAUAGCAAUAUAUUUCACUUCUAAAUUACCAUUAUUUCCUAAACUUAUUCGAUUACAUCUUGAAAAUAAUAAUUUUAGUAGUUCAUCAUUAACUUCUAUUGCUAAAGUUAUACCAUUUUGUAAAAAUUUAGGUUAUUUAUCUUUAUUAGGUAAUGUAAUUGAUCUUUCAUCAGGUCUGGCAUUAAUUAAUGGAUUAAAGAAUUCCAAAACUUUAAUUACAUUAGAUUGUGAUAUUGAUAAUUUCCCAGUAAUAUUUAAAGAAAGAAUUGGUUUAUAUACUAUGAGAAAUAUGGAAAGAUUAUUAUAUGCCAAUAAAAAGAGUGAUAUUUCUUUAAAUAAUAAUAAUUCAAGUACUAAUUCAGAAGGAAGUAAUAAUAAUUCAGAAACAUUAGCUGAACAAUUAAAUCAAAUUUUAAUGGCUAAAGCUCAAUCAGAAAUUGAUUUAAAAUCUCCUGAAAUUUUAAAAUUUAUUGAAAGAGCUCAAAAUAUUCGUCAUGAAUUAAAGGAAACUAUUGAUGAAUUAUUAAAACUUCAAUUAAAGAAUGAAUUAGAUUUAGAUGGUAAAGAAACUUUAAUUAGAUUUAUAUUUAUUGAUUCAUCUAUUGAAAAAGGUUUACAAUUAAUUGAUCCAUCAUUAGUUGAACCAAUUAAAAAUAAUCCUCAAUUCUUUUUAUCAGGAGCUGAAGAUGAAAAGAAAUUAUUCAAAGUUUCUAGUGAAUUUAAUGAUGAUCAACAUACAGUUUCUACUCCUCAAUCUAAUGAUAUUGUUCAUAGUGCAUCACCUUUAGCUAUGUCAAGAUCAACUUCAAGAACUAAUCUUAAUAAUUUAGAUAGACAAGAAGGUUCAGUAUUAAAAUUAAGUAAAUUACAUGAUUUUCAUCAUCCAACUGGUGGACAUUCAUUUGAUGAAAUGUCAGGUGAAGAAAUGAGAAAGAAAUUAAAAUCAAUUGAAUUUGUUGAUUUAGAUAAAAUCAUUGGAUAUUUAGGAAAAUUAAAGGAACAAGGAAUUUCACUUGAACGAGUGUUUAAUCAACAUGGUAAACCAAAUUUUAAAACUAAUACAGAUAGAGAAGAAUUUUUUAGUAUUGAAGAAAUAAAGAAUACCGGAGACAAUCUUAACGAAGCAUACGAUAAAGUUUUAAGUGGCAUUGCUGCUUACAAAGAGUAAAAGAAAAGCUCUACCCCACCCCCAUAUAUUAUUUAGUUCAUAUACAUUUUUAGAGUUUUAAUUCAUUUUACAUAAUUUAUAUUUUGUAUUUUGUAUUUUGUAUUUUGUAUUUUGUAUUAUGUA